UCUGAGUUAUUAUGAAGCAUCUAAUGUAACUCGGUUCCACAUAUCAUAGCCAUUUAAUGAAGGUGGGUGACUAAUGCCUUACAGACAGCUCAGGCUCCUCCCCCUGACGUACGCUCCGCCCCCCUCACCUUAGCAACAGAGGCAACAUGGCGGCGUCCAGUACCGCUGAGCCCUCUGCAGAGAUAACGGGACCUCUAAAAAUACCGAAAAACGAGGUGCCAUCCCCCGAGUCGGAGGAUUUAAGUGAAAGUAACCAGUACCAGUCCGACCCCUCGCCUCUGAAUGCAGGCUCUGGGCUCACGUCCCGGACGGCGGCCUCCUCUUCCUCAAACAGCUUCACCGCCUGCCGAGGGAUGUCAUGGACGCCGUCCGAGACUAACGCUCUCAUUGCGGUCUGGGGCAACGAGAGGCUGACGGAGGCCAGGAUGCAGCAGCUGGAGGUGGCUGGGACCGUGUUCUCCGGUAAGGCCCCCGGUCCCGCCAUGUACGAACGCGUGUCCAGAGCGCUGUCGGAGCUAGGCUACGAGAGGACUCCGUCCCAGUGCAGGGAGAGGAUGAAGACGCUGAGGCGCUGCUACAGCCGUGUGAAGGAGCAUGGCAUCGGAAAGAGGAAGAGCAGCUACACAUUAGAGCAGCUGGAGAAGGUCUUUGGCCAGGGAGGCUGGGACCCUCCGAGCUGCGCCCCGGUUCUGAUCAACAGCAGUGGGCUGUAUCAGGAGAUGGAGUCAGAUGGCAGCACACUGGAAGACUUCUCCCAGGAAGACUGGUGCAACCAGGUGCUGGACUCAGCUUUCCAGGAAGGAGACAUGGACACUGAGGAAAUCCCAAUACCUAAAGACCAAGUUUUACAGAUCCAAGCAGAACUGUCUCAACAAACCCAGAGGAGGGAUACACUGCAGACCGUGAUUCGUAUCCUGGAGUCAGUGCAGUUAAAAUGGGAGCGCUUUCAGACGUGGACCGAGUUCUCGCGGCUGCACCUGUCCAACAAACUGGCCAUCUUCGGCGUAGGCUACAACACGCGCUGGCGAGAGGACGUACGGUACCACUACGCAGAAAUCAGCUCCCAGGUCCCUCUGGGCAAAAGACUUCGAGAGUAUUUCAACCCAGAAAAGCCAGAGGGCCGAGUCAUCCUGACCAAAGUUCAGAAGAUGAACUGGAAGGAUGUUUACUACAAGUUUUUGGACAUCACAAUCAGUGAGGCACGCUGCUUGGAACUUCACUUGGAGGUGGACUGGGUCCCCGUGUGUCAGUCCCGGGUGACGGGCAGCAGCAGGUCCUCCUCCCACUACCUCCUCCCAGGGGACAUCCCUAGGACUCACGGUCUGUACUCUAUUGGUUAUGAGACAUUGUUGGCCUGUAGCGCUCCCACUCAGACCUGUUCCCCGGCUGAAGGAGAGGACAGCUUACAUCAUAGCGAGACCGAAAACGGGUCCGAGAAGCUUGAUGGGGCCGUGGGCCCGGGUUCCAGAACCGGGACAGCGGUUACCUACUGCUAUCUGGGCAUAGCUGAGGACAGAACCAUCCAGCAGAGUCUCUUCCAGCACUUUCAGGGAUCUGGGAAACACUUUGUUCGUGGGGAGCCUUCUGGUGUGACCCGUUUCCUGCAGGAGAACUGCCGUGGGGCUGGAUCAGGUCAGGACAGUGAGAGCAGCCGGGUCUCGCCACAACAUUUUGCUAUUUACAUCAAGUUCAUUGAGGUGGAGCUGGAUUUCCUCUCAGCAGGCUCCCUGGUGGAGUGUCUGGAAACAGCAGUUGGCUAUUCCUUAAAGUUCAACAAUGAGGCGUCAGAGCUGCUGCUCUGAGUGUUCUGGUCUGUUCUGAUGGGUCUGGACCUGGCAUUAUUUAUUGGUAUAAAUUAAAUUUUCUUCAGUACUGGUUCAUUGAUUUUCAUCAUGCAUCCGUGUGUUACUAGAUAGAGCCACACUCACAUGUGCUUUUAGAUGUCAUCUGCAGAAAAGCCUGAGUUCAGUCACAGUUGAUGUGUCGCUAAACCACCAAGAGUUUGGGUUCUAUGGAGGUUCUACUGCUGCGGGGACCACAGACAGUUCAUUAAAGUCUAUUUAUUCUGAA